UGGUGCUCAGUCGGCUAACGUUGAUCACUGCUUCUCUAGGAAAUUUCGAGAACGAAUACAAACGGUAAUAUUGGUGGGAGACGUGGUUGCUUAGCUCAGUUCAUAAAGCGUUUAUCGUGCGCACACUGAGGAGAGAGCGGCCGUGGUGCUGAACGUGCGUGGUCAUUCUUCACGAGCAACGAUUUUCGCGUCGUCAUCUACGUAGGAACAGGAGUAUUUAAUAUAAUACAGAAUAUUUAAUAUACUGUGAAAAUGGUGAAGGAGACAACAUUUUAUGACGUAUUGGGCGUAAAGCCUGGAUGUACGCAGGAAGAUUUGAAGAAGGCCUAUAGAAAACUUGCUUUGAAAUAUCAUCCUGACAAGAAUCCUAAUGAGGGCGAAAGGUUUAAACAAAUUUCUCAAGCGUACGAGGUGUUAUCAAAUCCUGAGAAGAAGCGAAUCUAUGAUCAAGGUGGUGAACAAGCUUUGAAGGAAGGUAGUAUGGGCAACAGUGGCUUCUCCUCUCCAAUGGACAUAUUUGAUAUGUUCUUUGGUGGAGCAUUUAAUAAUCGAGGUAGAAAUAGGAGAGAUCGCAGAGGUCAAGACGUCAUGCAUCAACUAUCAGUUUCUUUGGAAGAACUUUACAAGGGAACUGUGCGUAAACUCGCUUUGCAAAAGAACGUUAUCUGCGAAAAAUGCGAAGGUAUUGGUGGAAAGAAGGGUUCUGUUGAACAAUGUUCGACAUGCCAUGGUUCUGGUCUGCAAGUACAAAUUCAGCAAUUAGGUCCAGGAAUGCUGCAACAUUUACAAACGAUGUGCACGGACUGUAAGGGCCAGGGGGAACGCAUCAAUCCCCGUGACCGUUGCAAGCAUUGCAAUGGAAGAAAGACUAUUAGAGAUAGGAAAAUUCUUGAAGUCCAUGUUGAUCCGGGCAUGGUAGAUGGACAAAAAAUUGUUUUUACUGGCGAAGGUGAUCAAGAACCAGAUCUCGAGCCUGGUGAUAUAGUUAUUUUGCUUGAAGAAAAGGAACAUGAAGUAUUCAAGCGUUCAAGGAAUGAUUUGAUUAUGCGGAUGCAACUAGAACUUGUAGAGGCAUUAUGUGGAUUCCAGAAAGUUAUCCGCAGUUUGGACGGUAGAGAUCUAUUGAUAACUGCGCUUCCUGGUACCGUAACAAAACAUGGAGAUUUGAAAUGCAUCUUGAACGAGGGCAUGCCGAUUUACAAAGAUCCGUUUACACAUGGCAGACUUAUAAUACAAUUUAUAGUCAAUUUCCCGAAAAGCAUAGAUCCGUCGGUUAUCUCGACAUUGGAGCAAUGUCUGCCGCCGAGAGAGCCAGUUAUGAUUACCGACAACGCGGAAGAAUGCUUACUCACCGAUUUAGAUCCUGAGCAGGAGCACAGGCGGAGAGACACGAAACCGGUGUACGAGGAGGAUGAAGGCGGCCCAUCACGAGUCCAAUGUGCCACACAUUAAUUUGAUCACAUCAAUCCUGUAAUAAACAUAGCCAUUUCUUUCAUUUCGAACUCUGUCCCAUUUGCUCGACUCUGGUAUCAUGCUAAAGAAAGACAUAACAUAGUUGGAUAUAUAGGCGUUGCAAUGAGUGAAGAAAGAAAGCGAAACAGCUCAUGUCUGGAUAUAUGCGCAGAAUUGUGAGUACUAUAGUUAUUGAUUUCUUGAAUAUCUUUAUGUGAAGCUCAUACAACUUGCGAUUUGCAAGCAAAAUAACCACUGUCAUCAAUAUCUGUUUGUAAUGUAAGAGGUAAAUCCAUUAUUAUUUUGGAAAUAUACUGAAAGUACAUUGCAAAUUCUGGCGAAGCGUCUCGAUAAGAUCCAUUAGUUUCCUUUAAGUAGAAGAUCAUUAAAAAUAUGUACUUAUCAUUAUACGGUGAUAAGGAAAAUUAAAUUUACUUAGCAAUUUAACGUAACAUUUUAUGAUGUCAAUCAUAAAUUACAUCAUAAUGAAAUGCAUCAUAUAUCCUUGAACAUCGCGAUUAUUCUCCGCUAUUUGACCAAUAAUAUCACUCCAGUAAUUAAGCUAGCAGCUCAGCAUUGACAUAUUACAUGGCUAAAAAUAGAGAGUAAAAUUUAUAUAUGUAUAUUUAGUUCAAGCUUGUGGAUUAUCUAUGUACACAAUUACUUCUGGUCCUCCAGAUAUUAGCAGCACUCAAUUACUUCAAAUCUUGAGGGUCUGAAAAUUGUUAUCUUUUACAGUUUUCUAGAAGUUGAAAGUAAUAAUAUCAGGAUGUAUCAAUCGACGUGGAAACGAUAUAAACUACGUCUGAUUAACGUGACAUUGUAACUUUAUCGGUCGUGUUAGAGAUCUCGGGAAAAAAAAACUCUUUGAGGUGGGACAUUAUUCCAUAUUCAUAGUAUUUAAUUUUUUCCAAUCGCUUUUGUAUGCUGACGUGUGACGGUAAUAACACAAAUAGUUUUGUUUGCGAACAAUGCAAAUAAAAUGGAGAAUCAGGUUCCUGUGUGUGUGGACGAUUGCGCGUAUUCGUAAGCAGAUCUGUGCAAUUAUGUACUGUUGAAUCUAAGAUUCCUUACAUUUGCCAAUGUUAAGAUUUUAUUUUACAUAUCCUAGUAAAAUUGAAAAGGUUGUAAAAUUAGCAUUUUGAAAAUUUACGUAAUUUUUUGAUAAUUGUAAUUUCUUUUGAACAGUUUAUUCAGUCAUUGUUACCGUAAUUCCAUGCGCAUGAACGAAUGUUCUAGAUGAUGAUUCUUAUAGUCUUUGUUGUACUAUAUUAAAUUAACAUACUUUCAAUACACAUUCACAUGAUUUACUAUAUACAUGGUCGUGUACUCGUCCGCAAUUACUAUAGUAAAUUUUAAUAAAUAGCUGCAUAUGUCUCGUAAUCUUAUUUAUUAUAGGAAAAAUUGGUGAUUAGUACUUUUUUUGAGCGUCUUAAAUAAAUUUGAAACUACAAUAUA